AUGGCGGCUCCCAGGUGGAGCAUGUUGGGCUUCUGGAUCCUGGGAAACGGCCAGGGUUUAGGGAGUCUCUUCAUUCUCGUCUCAAAGCCAUUUUGUUCUGCUGCCGCUGCCUCUGAUCCCUUAAAUGCUCAGAGAUUAGCGGAGAAGCUCAGAGCGCAGAAACAGGAACAAGUCACAAAGAAGGAGCCGGUGUCCACAAACCCUGUUCAGCGGAGAGUGCAAGAAUUAGUGCGGUACACACGGCAGCUACAGCGAGUCCACCCCAACGUACUUGCUAAGGCACUAACCCGAGGAAUUCUCCACCAGGACAAGAACCUUGUGGUCAUCAAUAAGCCCUACGGUCUCCCUGUGCAUGGUGGCCCUGGGGUCCAGCUCUGCAUCAGUGAUGUACUACCUAUCCUGGCAAAGAUGCUUCAUGGCCGCAAGGCAGAGCCCUUGCAUCUGUGCCACCGGCUGGACAAGGAAACCACAGGUGUAAUGGUGUUGGCUUGGGACAAGGACAUGGCACAUCAAGUCCAAGAGUUGUUUAGAAUCCGUCAGGUGGUGAAGAAGUACUGGGCCAUCACUGUGCGUGUCCCCAUACCCUCAGCAGGAGUCGUGGACAUCCCCAUCGUGGAGAAGGAGGCCCAAGGCCAGCAGCAACACCACAAGAUGACAUUGUCUCCGAGCUACCGCAUGGAAGAUGGGAAAAUGGUGAAAAUGCGGAGCAGCCGGAACGCACAAGUUGCUGUAACUCAGUACCGGGUGCUCAGCAGCACUCUCUCCUCCGCCCUCAUGGAGCUCCAUCCCAUCACUGGAGUAAAACAUCAGCUUCGAGUUCACUUGUCGUUUGGAUUGGAUUGUCCAGUCCUUGGGGACCACAAGUACUCAGACUGGAACAGGUUGGCCCCUCAGAAGCUAUCUGUGGGUACCCUGAAGAAGCUGGGGCUGGAACAGUCGAAGGCCCGCUACAUCCCUCUUCACCUGCAUGCCCGGCAGCUGAUCCUGCCUGCCCUGGGGUCCAGGAAGGAGGAACUUAACCUGGUCUGCAAACCUCCUCACUUCUUUGUACGUUCUCUACGCCGCCUGGGUUUAGAGAUGCCAAAUCAGGAUCAAAGUAAGAACAGUGAGCACAGUGAAGACCAUGGGAGCACCCCGGCAUCUGGGAGCACAGUGAAGACCAUGGAAGCACCCCGGCAUCUGGGAGCACAGUGAAGACCGUGGGAGCACCCCGGCAUCUGGGAGCACAGUGAAGACCGUGGGAGCACCCCGGCAUCUGGGAGCACAGUGAAGACCGUGGGAGCACCCCGGCAUCUGGGAGCACAUAUUGGCCCCUGAUCUGUUCUUUGUUUACGGGACUCUGCUAACUUGUCACUUGGAACAGACUCCAGAAGAGCCAGGUGGGAUAAGGAGGAGCAUCUCAGCUGCUACAGGGUUUUUAAUGGAGAACAAAGCCUAUUCACUGAUAGUUUAGCUAAACUGUGGAAAGUCUCCCUGCCAUAGGCUCUCAUUGCCAAUAUGGAACAGAACCCAGGGCCAGGCAAAUUGGGGCAGUGACUGGAAAGGAAAGCUAAAUGACAGAAUCUAGGGUCAGGAACUGUUUUAUCCAGCAGUGAAGUGCUGGAGCUCUCCACAAGGUUCCCAUGGUUGGAAAGAACAUAAUGGUUAGCAAAUCAGGCAUCCAGGAAUUGUCCAGCUAUCGCGUGGGUGCCCUACCGCACUCCGAUUGUGGAACCUGUGAAGGGGUGUUGAGUGUGAGGUUGAGGUGGGACAUUUGCUAAGCAAGGAGAGCAAGUGUGAAUGGCAGGCAGGUAACGCAUGCAUGAGGCUGGCUGGGUGUAAGGUAGUCACUGGGAGCGACACACCAUCUAAAAGUUAGCUCCAGCUUGUUCUUGCCAUGUGGGAAUGGAUUUUCUCAUUUAUUUCUUCAGAGAAGCUACAGACCUGGAUACUUAUGUGAAACCUCCCAGUGUAUUGCCAACUAAAUAGAAUUUUUAAAGACUCUUAGGCAGCCAGGCACGUAAUACAGGUUGAAUUUGGUCUACAGGCUAGCAGUUUACAAUCUAUGUUUAAUGAGUGGUAGAGAAGUUUGAGGAAAGAUGCCAUCUUGAAAAUUCCAGAUCAGUGGUUGGCAUUUUAGCUGCAUGUAGUAUGUAUCCUUUCUAGACUUGGAGAUGGCUUUGGUUGGUCCAUCAGUGUGUAGUUACGAGAGUGCUGCCAUUAAAAAAAAAAAAAACUCUGUCGUGGAAGCAUACCUCCUGUUCUUAGGUCUCAGAAAGGAGAGAGCUGUACUGAACACCGUUAGGGAUAGAUGGAAAUGACCUUGGCUUCCCUGCUCAGUUGGUCCAUCUAGCUUCCACCUUGUUUCUUGCAGACGAAUACACCUCACACUACUUUAGGCUGACAAAGAAAGGUGGAGUGAUGGCACAGUUAGGGGGUAUACCCUGGCACAGCCUUUAUGUUCCCUCUGUGUAGAUGAUGCCACUUUCUAACCCUUCCCUGUCUCUAUGGUACCUGUUAUUGUGCAUAAUAAAUUUAACUUUGAAAGCACA